AUGGAUCAACUGAAAGGAUUCCGUAUCGCGAAUGUGCUAUACAAGAAGAGCUUGUUGAAUGCCAUUGCUGGAGCUGCUGCACUAUCCAUCUUCUUCUUUGGUAAGCGGCUUCUUUUCUACUCUCAGAUCAACGCUUACAUGAUAUANGGUUAUGACCAAGGUAUGAUGGGCGGUGUCAACACCUCAGCAGACUACGCUCAACUCAUGGGUUUCGGCCAUGUCGACUCGGCCACCGGUAGAGUCAUCGUAGACGACUCUCUGCUCCAAGGCGGCAUCGUCGCUGUCUACUAUCUCGGAACACUAUUUGGAGCUUUCCUCGGCGGCUGGGUUGGAGACAAGACUGGUCGUAUCCGCACAAUUGCUCUCGGCAGUCUAUGGGCCAUCUUUGGAGCCGCACUGCAAUGCUCUGCUCAAAAUCAUGUCUGGAUGAUUUGUGCGAGAACGGUCAAUGGUAUUGGUACUGGUGUUUUGAACUCGAUUGUGCCGGUUUGGGCUACGGAGACUGCUGAACACACUUCGAGAGGCCAGUUUAUCGCUAUUGAGUUUACGCUCAACAUUUUUGGUGUUGCUGUUGCUUAUUGGUUGGAGUUUGGACUGUCAUUUAUCGAUGGUGGGCGUGGUGCUUUCCAGUGGCGCUUCCCUAUUGCUUUCCAAAUCAUCCCUCUACUCAUGCUCUUCGGCGUCAUUUGGUUCUUCCCAGAAUCCCCCCGCUGGCUCUGCAAAGUCGGCCGCGACAAGGAAGCAAGACACAUCCUCGCCCGCCUGCGCGGCGACGAAGGCGAAGACAAGAUCAGAGCCGAAGCCGAGUUCCAAGACAUCAUCAACAUUGUCCAACUGGAACGAAGCACCUCAAAGCAAAACACGUACUGGAGAAUGCUACUCGACUUUGGACACGGCAGUUCUGGAAGUUUGCAUACUGGGCGUAGAGUGCAGAUUGUCAUUUGGCUGCAGAUCCUCCAGGAAUGGUGUGGUAUUGCUGGAAUUACGGUUUAUGCGCCUACCAUCUUUGGGAUUGCUGGGUUUGAUGCGCAGAAGAGUGGGUGGUUGUCUGGACUUAACGAUACGACGUACAUGCUUGCGACUUUGGUUUGCGUGUUUACUCUCGACAGGAUCGGCAGGAGAUGGACACUCUAUUGGGGUGCUGUGGCUCAAGCCAUUUCCAUGUUCCUCAUCGGAGGCAUGUCUCGCGGUGGCAUCAAUGCAACAAACAGUGGAAACACAGCACUCGCAGCCAGAUACGGAGCCGCAGCAGCCAGUUUCACCUUCAUCUACACGGCCGUCUUUGGCGCAACAUGGCUCACGGUACCCUGGCUAAUCCCCGCCGAAAUCUUCCCUCUAGAAGUCCGCGCCAAAGGAAAUGCCUGGGGAGUAGUCGGCUGGUCCAUCGGCAACGGCUGGCUCACCCUCCUCUGCCCAGUCAUGUUCAACAACAUUGGCGAAAACACCUUUUACAUUUUCGCCGCCUCGAACGUCAUCUCCAUACCUCUGGUCUGGGCCUUUUUGCCAGAGACCAAUCAACGCACGCUGGAGGAAGUCAAUAUCUUGUUCUCGGCUUCGACGCCUUUUGCUUGGGAUGCGGAGAAGCAUUUUGCAGAGUUCCAGGCUGGGAACCCGACGUUUGUGUCUGCUAGCCGUGGUAAUUCUGUCACGGAUCCGGAGACUGGGUUGCGUGGUGGCAAGGUUAGGGAUUCUACUGAUAUGGUGGAGACGAUGAAGGAGAAGGAUGAUGCUUGA